AUGGCUGCCGUAAAAACUUCCAAUUGUGAUGAACAUUUCAGUGUGGAGAAACUAAAGGAAUGGCCGGAGCCGGAGUCUGUGUCUUUAAUGGAGAUACUAGCUAGAGAGGACAUCGACGAAGCUGUGUAUGCAAUAUUAUUCAGAGAAAACUUCAUCGUGAAGAGACUGGAUACUUAUUUUCAGCAUGAGGCUGUUUUUAAGGAAAGAAGAAAAGAGAUGUUACAUAGAAGAUGGGUUGAAAAUGUAGCAAAGCCUCUUCAACAGAGAGUUAUAGAAAAAGUGAUUUCAGAUAGAAGACCUGGAAAAAGUGAAGUGAAAUUUGAAUACUGUGCAAAGCACACAAAUAAACCGACCAAAGCCUCCCCACCAUGUGAAUGUCUGUUUCGAAGACAGCGAGAGCUCCGAGAAAUAAAGGGAACCAGCUACCAGCAGAGCACAGGGAAACAGGAUGACGCACAAAAAGAACACACUGAAGGAACCAGGAAGGUACCCCUCUUUGGCAGACCACCCCAGUUCAUGCACGCUUCCCACGGCAUCAUUCCCAAAGAGAGGCAGAGAGCCUCUCCCCGGCCUGCUUGGAAUAGGCCCGGCACAUACAGUUUUGAAAAGCCUGUCUGUAAAUCAAAGUCAUAUUUACCUCCGGAGGAGACCCCCAGCCUAAGCCAGCUUGCCUUUGAAAGGCAGUUCCAUUCCUCUAAACUCAGGCCGGAGAACAAAGAGAUUGAGAAGUGUCUGGUAAGCUGAGGUCUGGGAGUGGGCUGGGUGGAUACCCACAACACUGUACAGCCAGCCCCAGCGAGAGCGGAGCCUGGACCCAGUCACAUGGCUGUCCCUAACUGUUGGGUGCGGAUGUGCUGGGGAGAGCAUCCCCUGGAGGGGCUGACAGCGGAGGGGAGAGCUCUGGGGGCAGCCAGUGCCCGCUGCCAUGCGGUAAAGGCGGGUGGAGUGGAAGCCCAGGACGGCAGGCUCCUCCGAGAGCUGCAGCGGCCGCCGCCCUCGGAGAAGGAACCUGUUUCAGGGACCCAACCCCCGAGACCGCGCUCCUGGGCGGCCGCAGACAGCCGCCGCCGCCGGCAGGGUCCGACCACGGGAAGGCGAGUGAUGACGGCCGAGCUGCUGGGCAAGCAUCUGGCCUCCCUGCAGGGGGCAGCGCGGUCAGGCCUCCAGUGGUCCUAG